AUGACGUGUCGUCAUCUAAGGAAGACGUGUUUAGCUUUUAGACAUCCACCGACCCGACCCGUUUAUCACGACAACCAUUUGGAUCUUACCCUAUAUGCUUUCGAUCAUUCGACAAUUGCUGCAGCUCAGGGGCGCGUGGGGGCUCCUGUACACCAUCAGACCAUGAACACACAAGCGCAGACAGUCAUGUAUGCCAGGGGUGGUAGGCGAAGGAAGGUACUUGAUGUGGAUCUCAAUGACACUCCACCAAAUGAAGACCAUGAGCAAGUGGAAGGAUCUUCACCACCUGUUCCAAUCGAUGUUGAGGAGCUUGAUGAUGAUGUUAUCAUUUCAUCACCAAGAGCUUUUGAACAAGCUAGAAACAGUUCUCGUAGAAUUGCAAGAAGAACUUCGGUGAUUGAUGUGGAAUCAGAGGAAGUUGGUAACCACCGGAACCAAAGAAGAAGAGUUGAACCCAAGCCACAAGUCCUAAGUGGUGGCCUGUAUGUGAUUUUGGAAGGAAGUAGCAGUUCCAUGGAGGAGAGAGCAGCAGCACCACCACCUGAGCCGACUUUCAACUGUCCGGUUUGCAUGGGACCAUUGGUUGAGGAGGGAACUCAUCAGGAUCUACCUUCCUUCCACCUCUUAAGUCUUAAACCUCAGGUCAUCCAUCGAGUGCUUUGUUGUGGGAUUGAAGGUUUCUGUGGCAAUCUGUCCAUUGCUGACAAAAAACAAACUGCUCAAAGAAUCAUUAAGAUCAUAUUUAAAAUUUAUAUUUAUUUCCUUUUAUUGAAAUAUUGA